AUGGCGCCCUCCGUAGUAACCCUCGAUAUGACCCCCGACUUCGACUUCACGCCCGCUUCCACCACCACAACCCCCCAGAAGCGAACUCUCCUCCUCGCUCCUCCCUCCAUCGCCUCUCACCCAACGAAGCUCGGCAAGGUUCUCUCCACCUAUGACCGCACCACCACCGAUCUGCAAAUGCUCGAUCGUGUUGCCGCCCGCAUGGUCUCUCUCCCAUCCUCGACCUACGAUCUCGUCCUUGUCCUUACUGACGCCGACGGCUCCCGUGUCGAGUCGACCCGCCUCCUCUCCGAUCGCUCCGUCCUCUCCUCCGUCGCCGAAGCCCUCAAGCCCUCCGCCGAGCUCCGUGCUCAGGACGGUGGCAACUUGGCCAAUGACCCCGCCGUCGCUCGCGAGGCCGUCCUUGCUGGUCUCGUCAAUGCUUCUGGAGGCUUCUCGAAGCCCGACUACGAUGAGGACCAGGUCGUUACCCUCUCUUUCGGCAAGAAGAAGGCUGCCGCCAACGGUGCUGUCUCUCUGAACAAGAAGCCCACUGUUACCACCACGGCACCCCCCGUCUCUGCGCCGCCACCCGGCGUUGGCUUCGUUGACUUUAGCGACGACCUCGACAUGGACGAUGACGAGCUCAUUGACGAAGACGCACUUCUCACGGACGCUGACCUCACUCGUCCUCUUAACAUUCCCCCCGAAUGUGCUCCCAAGGCAGGCAAGCGCCGUCGCGCUUGCAAGGACUGCACCUGCGGUCUCGCAGAGCGCAUUGCAGCCGAAGACGCCGCCACCCGUGCCUCCGCCGACGCUGCCCUCGCAGCAGCAGCAGCAGCCGCUGCCGCUCCCUCCGUGAAGCUGGGCGCUGACGACUUGGCCGAGGUGGACUUCACCAUCCAGGGCAAGGUCGGCUCUUGCGGCAACUGCGCCCUCGGCGACGCCUUCAGAUGUGACGGAUGUCCUUACAUCGGAUUGCCCCCUUUCAAGCCCGGCGAGGAGGUUCGCAUCCUCAACAACGAUAUCCAACUGUAG